UCGACGCACCAAUGCUCGCGUCAAACUGACAGCCGAUAGAUUCGAUCACCGCUUUUCCCUCUAUUGUGAACGUACAUCUUUUUCUCCCUCCCUCUCUCUCUCUCUCUCUCUCUCUCACACUCACUCUAGCAUUUUGUUAUUACAACCCCCUUGGCAGCCUCCGUCGUCGUAAUCCGUCCCUCGUAUACUUCUCAACAAUCUCACGCGCUAAUUCCGUCUCUGUGCCGUUACGUCCAUUUGACGACAAGAAUCUCAUCGAACGUGCGCGCAAGUACAAUUCUCGGGGCCAAUUUUUCGUUGAAGGCUAAAUAAAAGUAUUCGCUCGAUUUUCAUUAGUUUUGUAAAUAAAUUUGGAAUAAUUUGGUGAUCGUACUUUUUAUCCUUUUUCGUCGUUGGAACAAGACUCCCGUGAUAUCAUUGCUUGUUCAUUGCAUUCCCGUGACAAAACACGAGUUAGCUAUAGCCACAAAUUGCAAAAUCUGUGUUUGGACAUAUGCUUUGUUCCCUUCUCCCGUCUCACCUUUUCCUUACUCUUGUGUGUAACCGGUGUUUCCGCGUUGUUGGGACAACUCUUGGCGAAUGAAAAUUUCAACUGAGAAAAAGAUCCUGAUUGUUUGUCGACUAGUGAAAACUCAAAAGAAUUGAAUGAUUCGCAGUUUGCGCAAAUAGUUGUGGUAAUUAUCUCCGUUUUGGGUUCAGAGAGACAGAAACAACCCAUUCGAUGAGAAAACCUAUACCAAAUUUGGUUUGUGGGAAAAAAGAAAGCUCAACGUUGUCUACUAUGUGACAAAAUAUUAUGAAAAGCGUGAGCGCUCGAUGAGGAAAAUAUACAAAUUGGUUUUAUGACUCCGGAUGAAAUAGUCCGAACGGAGAAAACGAUGAGAGGAAAAUAAGGAGAGAAAGGUGUCCAGGGGUCAUGCCCCCAGGUGCAAAGGGAGGGGCUGAGGGCCUGGAUCCCUCUUGUUCAGAAUUACACAACAGCCAAGAAAUACCAGCUGCUAAUUUUUCCCCGCCGUUAACUCUUUUCCAAAGAUGUUAUCGCCACCUCAAGAGUUCAGGGGUAGGAGAACCGAGCGUGUAUCAUGCCCUGGUCGUCAUAUUCCUCGAGUUUUUUGCGUGGGGGCUGCUCACGAUGCCGUUAAUCGCGGUACUCAACGAGACUUUUCCCGAUCACACAUUUCUAAUGAACGGCCUUAUAAUGGGCAUAAAAGGAAUUUUGUCGUUCCUCUCGGCGCCUCUCAUUGGUGCGCUAUCCGACGUUUGGGGAAGAAAAUUUUUCCUUCUUAUAACAGUUGCCUUUACGUGUGCACCGAUACCACUGAUGAGCAUAAACACCUGGUGGUUUUUCGCCAUGAUAUCGAUAAGCGGUGUAUUCGCCUGUACAUUUUCCGUUGUUUUCGCCUACGUCGCGGACGUGACCGAGGAAAGUCAACGCUCUUUGGCUUAUGGUUUGGUUUCGGCGACAUUCGCAGCAAGUAUGGUGAUAAGCCCCGCGCUCGGAGCAUAUACGAUGACAACAUACGGUGAGAAUCUCGCUGUAGCUCUGGCAACUUCAAUCGCCAUACUUGAUGUGUUUUUCAUCCUCGUCGCGGUUCCCGAGAGUUUGCCGGAAAAGGCACGUCCUCAAGCCCCUAUAUCCUGGGAACAGGCUGAUCCUUUUGCCGCACUCGGAAAGGUUGGCAAGGAUCACACAAUACUGAUGCUGUGCGUCACCGUAUUUCUGAGCUAUCUUCCCGAGGCUGGUCAAUACAGUUGUAUAUUCGUUUACCUCAAACUCGCAAUGGGAUUUUCGGCCUCGAUGGUAGCCGUUUUUAUCGCCGUUGUUGGAAUUCUCAGUGUCGGAGCUCAAAUACUGCUCGGUCCGUUGAUGAGAACGUUGGGCAGUAAGCACACCAUUAUGCUCGGUCUAUUAUUUGAGAUGUUGCAGCUCAUGUGGUACGGAUUUGGUUCGCAAACAUGGAUGAUGUGGGCAGCGGGAGUUCUUGCGUCAGUUUCGAGUAUCACUUAUCCGGCUAUAUCAGCCUUUGUUUCAAUGCACUCGGACGCUGACAAGCAGGGCCUUGUCCAGGGUAUGGUAACGGGAAUGCGAGGUCUCUGCAACGGUCUCGGUCCUGCUAUGUUUGGAGUUAUAUUUUAUCUGUUCCACGUCGAUCUCAAUGAAGAUUCGCCGUCGUUGGCUCUCAGGCCCGCCCUUACGGAUGAAAAUAAUCGUACGGGCACCGCGACCCAACAUCUCGAUAUUGUUCCACAGCUCGUUCCUGGCCCGCCGUUUGUAUUCGGUGCAUUACUCGUGAUAUGUGCUCUUCUCGUAGCAGCAUUCAUCCCUGAAUCUAGCCCGAUAGUAACGGGUCCGAUACAUGGUCAUUCGUCAACUUCGCGGAGGCCAUCCGGUAAAUACGCAUAUCAAAAAUGUCUCUCGCUCGACGUGCAUUACGAGCCGGAAAGGCUCGGCAGUAGCCGGAGCAAGGUCGGGCCUCUAUCACCUCUUGUUGAUAAUUGCAACUCUGCCGCGCUCUAGCCAAAAGCAAUGAAACGCGACGAAAAGCAGAUCGGAGCAGCGAGAAUCGGUCGAAGCCGCACUCGUAGCCACAAUUGCAUCCGUGAAUCACUUUGAGGAAUAAGCGUAUCCUGCCAAGAGAAGAAAUUCGACGAAUAUGGAAUACAAGAGAGGGAGAUCUAGAGAGAUAAUCAGAGAAGACGCAAAGGCUGUCUUCGAAUGGCCAAAUAAUUUUUCCCGCAGUGUUCUCGCUGAUGAAAAAUGAGAAACAAAAUGAAAGAAAUAGAACGAGAUAAAUUUAUUGAUAUCCUACUGCGAUAAAAGUGAGGAUCGCACCAUUUUGCAAAAAAUGAACAAUUUUCGACAAGAAAUCUACAUUCGUGUGUUUCGUCGUCGAUUUCCGAUGACUUUUUUUUCUUUUUUCUUUUAAUAUAGUCGUUGCGUGAACGCUUCCAUGGACUCGAGGAAGCAACCUUUCACGGCUACUUCCUCGAGAAAGAAACUGUUCAAUGGUCUUUCUCGAGGCUUUUAGAUCUCGAUUUACUCUCGUAUGUAAAGCUUCGUAGCAACAACAAAACAAGGGUCAUAGCCGGAUAAGCAGACUACAAAGCGUCCUCAGCGAGAUUAUAAAUUGCACUUUGACUGUUGUUCCGUCACUUCGAAACAUUUUUUUUCUUUUAAUCAUAUUCCCCUGAGUAGAUUGGCGGCAAAAUCUGUAGUGAAAAGACAAUGUACCGAGUAUUAAUUUUUUAAUCCGGUAAAAAUCAUUUUCGCUAUAGCUGCGCAAAAAAAAGUUCAUCUUUCCGUUUUAUCGAAAGCGAAUUCUCGUCAAGGUGUGAUGAAAAAUAGUAUAAAUACGCUUUACGGGAGUUGGAAUAGACCAUCUCAAACCGCGUGCUUAUUGACAAUUUCAUCCGCGGUUCAAAAUAGUCUAGAUUACCUUUCUAGAGGCGUAAUAUAUUAUUCAUUACUUAUUACAUCGUGAUGAGCUGGUUUUUCCCCAUUACUCAUUGCAAUGGAAUGAGUAACAAAACGCCAAUUCAGUUAAAAAAUUCAUUGUGUUGUCCGAGUAUAGAGGAAAGGAAGCUAAUUUGGAAUACAAAAAAAACGUGUAUAAUGCGAUCCCAAAUUAGCUGCACUUACUCUAAAUAUAUAUUUUUGAAACUACUUAUGAGUUUGUACACAUCUUAAAACAAAGCUCGAUUCUGUGAGAAAAGUAAAUCUAAUUGUGUUUGCUCGAUGUGCACUAAUUGUUUAAUUUUUCGUCGAGUCAUAUCGGCGAAACGAGAAGAGAACGAAAAAAUAAAUGUUUUGCAAUCAAAAUUUCAUUUUGAAGGGACAAACAACAGUUCGAGAACAAGAAUUGAAGGCAUUGCAAUAUGUUUAUCCGAGCAUGGUCGUCUUCAUUAGCCAAAAGCUCAGUCGAUUUUCGGGAUGAUUCGGGUUCUGCUAAAACAAUAGAACUGCGGAGACAAAAAACUAGAAUGUUAAAAGGAGCGGGAAGAGCGAGAAGGAGAAAGGCAGGGUGGGAAGAUGGAGAAAGCAGUCUCUCCAAGUUAACGGAGCUAUGUGUUUCUCUCUUGUAGUUUUCGCUAUUUCUCGGAAGCUUUGAAUCGAGACGACGAAGAAAAAAAUGAAAGAUAAACUACACAUCUACAAACUGAUAACAUUAACUUGCUUGCCAAGUGCACGGUGCAGUUAGCAUAUGCGUGAAUGAUAGUGAGUGAAUGAUUUUCUGUUGUUGUGUUUUUUUUUCUUCGAGAUUAAGCGAAAACAGUAUUUUUACUAGGCUAAUAAACCUUUGUCGAAGUCAGUCCGAGCGAGAUCUGGAUGAUAUAAAAAGAAUAAUCCUCAGGGAUGAAACAAUGAGUCGCUAAGCCCUCGGUAACAGGACCAUAGAGAUGGUCAACUCGCCGAACCCGGACGCUGACAAAGUAGAUGAGAAGAAAUGCGCGUUACAAACCAAAGAACGAUUAUAAACGAGGAUGAGAUCGCGAUGACGAGGCUAGAUGCAAGUGACGCGUAAACAAUUUAUUUCAAACCGUGGGAUUAUACAAAACAACUUUUACUGACGCUUGUCAAUUGCCAUGGUGAGCUCUCGCUCGUAGGUGUAAUCGCUCGAUUUCCAUUCCGAACCAAAAAAACGCUAUAAAAAGAUACAUAAAUAUAAAAGAAAGUUUCAAACGACAAUCGUUUCUUACGUUAUUCGAAAAAAAUGGUUCACGAGCGACUACUCCUACGAGUGAAAAAUCAUUUAUCCUCCCCCACCUACAGUGCAACGAUCAAUGUAAUUUCUUUUGACCCCCCCCCCCCCUCCCCCUUCUUACAGAUAGUUGUAAAAAUUCCGCUUCAAGAUGAUUCCCAAGAGUCAGACAAAUCGUAUGGGAAUGUACGUGAGGGUCAAACGAGUCGUUUUAAUUAUGUUCCUUAUGCGAACGAGAAUGGACUAAGAAAAUGAGUUUAUUAAUACGCAACUGUACCAUAAAGAAAAGAACGAAAAUAUUAUAUAUUGAAAAGGUAA